ACGCCCACCCACUACUUCCCUACUCAGAAAAACUGAGUUCCUGUGCAUAAAAACAUGGUUUCUCAAGCAAAACUCCGUUUAUCUAUACUCUACAUACCUACUCUUUAAUAAUAUCCUUCUUGGGAACUAUAUUUAUUCACAUACCCUUUUCAAGAAUCAAGAUACAAGAGCCAGAAAGUGACUUGGCGUGUCAAUUUGAAACUGCCCCAACAACUGUUUCAAUCAAAUCAGAAUCAAUCCUGACUCCCACUAAAGCAAGCUAAUUGCACAAAGGUGGAGAAGACAAAAUGAAAGCAAGAUACGAAGAAAACGUAAAAACAACCCAUACCACCGCUACCUGCGUUUAUAUUCUUGCAUGUCUCUUUUUUUAGCAAAGAAAAAGAGAAGAAAAAAGAACAACUCUCUUUUAUAUUUUGGUGUUUGUUUCGGUUUGGGGUAUUUGUCCUUCCUUGUGUUUGUAUCGUUUUGCUGAUUCAUUUCUCUCACUCUCCUUUUCUUCUGCUCUGCUGAUACACAAGAGUAGUACUAGCGAGUAGUGAAGUUCUUUUUUAAGCACAGAUAUGAGUACAUUGGUUUUCUAGUGGCUCAACGAACGAGGCUUUGGUCCUUCCCUUUUCGACUGAGGUCCUCCACCUCUUUUAUUUUUUUUCUUUUUUUCAAUUUGUUCUAGGCUGACUGCUAUUCUCUUUUUGCCCUACACGUUCAAUCUCUGAAAGAAGGAGAAAGAAAUAGAAAAGGGAAAAAAAACAGAGUCAUCUUUUUGCAUUUUGGGAGGUGGCAAUCAAAGGCUGAACCUUCUUGGUACACUUUUCAGGAUUCAGUUCUAAUUCUGUGCUUGCCAGAAGAAUUCAUUCAAUUUCAAACCUUUUCUAGAUAUUUGUCUACUCUGCUAGCUGUUCUUAAUACUCUCUUCUUCUUUUAUACCCUAAUACUAAAUUCUCUGCAAAAAUCAAACGACAUCCUCUCUCUCUCUGUGUUGGAAGAAAUGGGCAGUGCUCAAUUUUGCUACUUUUGCAACAGAAAUAGGCAUUUAACCAUUUCCUUGCUGUUUCUUUUGCUUUCGUGCUCCACGCUUGUGAGAUUUGUAGCUGAAGGACGAGCAAUUCCCAAGCCACUAGAAUCUGAAACACAAAAAGAAGAGAUGGAUGAGAAGAUGGCAGUGAGAAGUCGAGUAAUAGGGUCAACUCCACCAAGGUGUGAUAGAAGGUGCAAUUCCUGUGGCCAUUGUGAGGCAGUUCAAGUACCAGUAACAACAAGAAUUGUAAGCCAUAAAAGAAGUGCGCAUCUAUCCACUGCAAUUUCUAAUAUUGCAUACUCUAGAGGUGAUGGUAUCUCCAAUUAUAAGCCCAUGAGUUGGAAAUGCAAGUGUGGCAAUCUGAUUUUCAAUCCUUGAACGAAAUAACAUGUGCAGUUGUCUUGUUCAAAGACUCUAAUUGACCAGCUUCCUUUGAGAAUUGUGGAUAUGUAGCCUUCCACCUUAUAGUCUUCACCCUUCUUGCCCUCCGUAGAAAUAGUUUUGUAGAGUGCCUUUUUUUCUUUCUUUUUUUCUUUUGAAUUGUUUUGUUUUGUUUCUUUAGUUGUGCCUGUAAUAAUAUCUUUUCCUCUUAAAAAGCCUAUAUUUAUCUUUUCUUUUUCUUGUUUUGUUUUGUUUCUUUAGUUGUGCCUGUAAUAAUAUCUUUUCCUCUUAAAAAGCCUAUAUUUAUCUUUU